AGUUUGUGCUCUCAUCUUCCUAUGUUGUUUUGCUGCUUCUUUUCCAGGGUAAAUUCACGCUGCUGCGGGACACUAGGACAGAUGGCAGCUUCCUGGUGCACCACUUCCUCUCCUUCUACCUCAGAGCUGGCUGUAAGGUUUGCUUUGUGGCCCUGCUCCAGUCCUUCAGUCACUACAACAUCGUGGCCCAGAAGCUGGGAGUCAGUCUGACAGCUGCCAAGGAACAGGGACAGCUUGUCUUCCUCGAAGGCCUCAAGUCCUGCCUUGAUCUCUUGUUUGGGGAGGAGGAGGAGCAGCCAGGACAGCCCAGUCCUCUUGGGAUACUGAGUGGGAGCACCUCUGACCUCAGAGCCCUGUUUGACUUUGUCUGUGUGUCCCUGACUCCUGCUGACAGUGAUCCCUGGAAGGGCCCUGUGCUGCUGGUGGAUGACCUCAGUGUCCUGCUGAGCCUGGGGGCCUCACCGGUGGCUGUGCUGGACUUCAUCCACUACUGCCGUGUGGUCGUGUGCUCCCAGCAAAAGGGGAACAUCGUGGUGCUGGUUCACAGCAACGAGGACUCAGAAGAUGAGGAGAACGAGCUGGUUGUGAACUCCCUGUGUCAUCACAGUGACCUGAUCCUGUGGGCUGAGGGGUUGGCCACUGGGUUCUGCAAGGAUGUCCAUGGACAGAUUAAGAUAAUCAGGAGAGUGUCCUUGCAGCAGGCAGCAGAGCAGGAUCAGGUGCAGAUCUACCAGUACAAGAUCCAGGACCGGAAUGUCACCUUCUUCGCGAGAGGGCUGUCAGCUGCAGUCCUGUGACACUGCCACACUGGCCUGCAG